AACCAUCGCGCCGACACCGCUGCGCGCCGCCGCCAAGCCGCCAUUGCUGAAAAUUUUGAGCCGCGUCGAGUGCAUUGGGUUUUUAGUUCUUGUCGAUAUUUUGUAAAUAAAUUGGCACUAUAAUCAUGGGUGUCAAUGUAGAGACUAUUUCUCCUGGUGACGAGUCUACAUACCCAAAAACAGGGCAGACAGUAGUUGUCCACUACACGGGCACUUUGACAAACGGACAGAAGUUUGACUCAUCACGCGACCGUGGCAAGCCCUUCAAGUUCAAGAUUGGAAAGGGAGAGGUCAUCCGAGGCUGGGAUGAGGGUGUUGCUAAGAUGUCCGUUGGUGAGCGAGCUAAGUUGACCUGCUCUCCAGACUAUGCUUACGGCCAGCAGGGCCACCCCGGAGUCAUCCCACCAAACUCCACUCUCAUCUUUGAUGUGGAACUCAUUCGUCUUGAAUAAACUAAUCUCAUCACUCGUUAGACAAUCCAAAGUUAACCUUAUUCCAAUGCCCCAAAGUCUAUUGCUCAAUUGGGAUAUUUUGUCAUCUAAUUAGCACUUUACUAGUGUUAAGUAGCUGUCUAACACUUCAUAGAUAGUCACAGUCAGUUAGUCACAUUAUGUACUCUUAUUACUGUAAGCUAAGUGGCCGAAAAUGAGUAAACAUAACAUUCCGGUUGCAUUUGUCAAUUUCACUUGCAAUUACAUAGACUGUAAAACCUUAAUUUUUUACCAAUUAUUUUUAUAUUUUUACAGCUUCAAGGCACAAACACGGUUUAGCAUAAUAAGAUACCUACAAUGAAUGUUCUUUUCCCAGUGUUUCUGAAAUAUGUAAAUAAUUUUAAGCACAGUUAUAAAGUUUUGAAUACAUGGUUUAUGUAUUUCCUAUGACCAUUUAGGCUUUUAUGUACACAACUAAGAUGAAAUAAAACUAAUGUGAAUCUA